CGAACGUCGCAUCUUUGUCGAACGCGUCGAGAUUCAAGGGUCUGAACAUAACAUAGGGCUACCCCGUGGAACCACAACCCAGAAAGAAGAGGAACCGCUCGCUAAAUCGACCUGCAAGGGGCGCGCUCAGAAGGUAUCCGUGCACGAUCUUCCGCGAUUCGUACCAGAAACCUUGCAGGGCCCGGGAACGAAGAGCAUCGCUGCCCUUCGUUGGAGUGAAGGCACACCCACGAUCUCGAGCGAGCGUGCUGGGGUUGACACGCAGGUCAGUCCGAGGAAUUCGCCGGCGGUAACAACGGGCACGCGAAACCGCCAAAAGAAAUCUUAGCUUUCUGGGCCCUUGCAUGUCGAGACGAUAGCCUUGUGCCAACGCCGAGUCCGAGAUGGCCGACACGCUACACAACGCGCCCAUUGUGCUGGACAACGGGUCCGGGACGAUACGGGCUGGCUUCGCCGGAGAAGACGUCCCAAAAUGUCACUUCCCCUCCUGGGUGGGGAGGCCGAAGCACCUUCGGGUGUUGGCCGGCGCGCUGGAAGGGGAUGUGUUCAUCGGCCAGAAGGCGGCAACCGAGCUUCGUGGGCUGCUCAAGAUUCAUUACCCGCUGGAGCACGGCAUCGUCACCGACUGGGACGACAUGGAGAAGAUAUGGGCAUACGUGUACGAGGAGGGUCUAAAGACGGACAGCGAAGAGCACCCCGUACUCCUGACCGAGCCACCGCUAAACCCGCGCUCCAACCGGGACACGGCCGCCCAAAUCCUCUUCGAGACCUUCAACGUACCAGCCAUCUACACCUCCAUCCAAGCCGUCCUCUCCCUGUACGCCAGCGGCCGGACCACCGGUGUGGUGCUCGACUCGGGCGACGGCGUGUCGCAUGCCGUGCCGGUAUUCCAAGGAUUCACGGUGCCCAACAGCAUUCGGAGGAUUGACGUGGCGGGGCGGGACGUGACCGAGUACCUGCAGACGCUGCUCCGCAAGAGCGGCUACGUCUUCCACACGAGCGCCGAGAAGGAGGUGGUCCGGCUGAUCAAGGAGGCCGUCACCUACAUCGCCAAAGACCCGCGCAAGGAGGAGAAGGAGUGGGCGGCAGCCAAGCUGGACCAGAGCAAGGUUGCCGAGUACGUGUUGCCAGAUGGGAACAAGCUCAAGAUCGGCGCCGAACGCUUCCGCGCCCCCGAGAUCCUCUUUGACCCAGAAAUUAUCGGACUCGAGUACCCCGGCGUGCACCAGAUCGUCGUCGACUCGAUCAACAGGACCGACCUCGACCUGCGCAAAGAUCUGUACUCCAACAUUGUGCUGUCCGGCGGCAGCACCCUCACCAAGGGCUUUGGCGACCGCCUGCUGUCCGAGGUGCAGCGCGUCGCCGUCAAAGACAUGAGGAUAAAGAUCUUUGCGCCUCCGGAGCGCAAGUACUCAACCUGGAUCGGUGGCAGCAUCCUUGCCGGCCUGAGCACCUUCAGAAAGAUGUGGGUCAGCAUCGAUGACUGGCAUGAGAACCCUGACAUUAUCCAUACCAAAUUCACAUGAGUUCGCCGCCCUG